ACUUUACAGUCUAUGACUUGGAAAUGCUGUUGUAGUUUGCAACUAUAGUCUUUAAAUAAAAUAUAUUUAUGUAUAGUUAAUCUUUGCAACAUACAUAUUUUAUUUUCAGUACAUCAACAAUGUCGUCGGCACAAUAUUUAAGAGCGUUUAUCACCGAGCGACUUACUGCUGCUGCUGAAGAAAUAUUUGGAGUUAUAGAAAAAACUCUCAUCAAGUACGAGGAGGAGAGUCACCGACAGAGCAGACACUUUGUGUGGAAACAAGGGAAAGAGCUUCCAGAGCAACAAUUCUUUAAGGGGGAUCUCUCUGACCAGCAGCUCUGUAACCUGGAGCGGAUAUCAAAUCUGAACCAUGAGGACCAAGAGGCUCUACAGAUUAAAGAGGAACAGGAGGAAGACUGCAGUGGUCAGGAGGGAGAGCAGCUUGAACUGAAGCAAGAGAUUGAUGAUUAUAAGUUAACUCCUACUUACCAGGAAAGCAAACAAGAACUUAAUGACCUCCAGCUCCUCCCUCACAGCUCUCCUCAUGCUGAUAACUAUAAUCAGAUAGUAGUGAUGCAUGAAGAUUCAGGAUCCACCACAGAUGCAGAACCAGAGCUGCAGAGGAGAUACCAUGUAAGCAACAGUGACCACAUUUACAACUCACCUAUGUCAAAUGUUAACCAUAUUUCUCACGCAAGUAUUACAUCUUUCAAAUGUGAUACAUGUGGUAAGUCUUUUAAGCACAAGUCCAGUAUGGGUUUACACCUGAGAAUCCACACAGGUGAGAAGCCAUACCCCUGCAACACUUGCGGGAAAAGAUUCUCCCGGAUGACGAACUUAAACAGGCACAAGAGGAUCCACACCGGUGAGAAGCUUUAUACGUGCGAAACAUGCGGGAAAAGUUUUCUACUGAAUUGUCUCAUGAAAAACCACAUGAAAAUGCACACAGGUGAGAAGCCGUACCCCUGCAGCGCCUGUGGGAAAAGAUUCUGUCGAAUGCAAGACUUAAAGAGGCACUUUAGAAUCCACACGGGUGAAAAGCCGUACUCCUGUGAAACGUGUGGGAGAGCUUUCCGGUACAGAGGCGACAUGAUAGUCCACAUAAGAAGAGCUCACACUGGGGAAAAACCAUACCUUUGUAAGACCUGUGGGAAAAGAUUCUUUGAUGCAUCUCAACUGGCAAAGCACACAACAUUGCAUUCAGUGAAGGCCACCGUAACAAACAGAGAAAUGGAAGUCACACCAGUGAAUCGAUUGAAAAUGUUCGUGAAUGAGCGACUGACUGUCGCAGCUGAAGAGAUAUUCGUAGUGUUUGAAAAAGCUUUAUUCGUAUACCAAGAGGAGAUUGUUCGUCAACGCGAACUGUUGGAUGCUGUCCUGAAACCACAGAUAAAACUACAAAAGACAGGUUUCCAGCAACCAAAUGUCACACACAGGGAUGUUCUUCAUGACCAGGAUCAGUGUGAACAGGAGAGCAGCAUAUGUCUGGAUCAAGCAGAUCCAGAGCAAGAGAUAAAACAGGAAGAGGACGAAGUCUGCACCAGUUAUGAAGACCCGUUUGCGCUGCACCAGGAUACAGAGGUCUUUAAGUUGAGUCCUGCGUGUGAGAAAAGCAAUCACAGUGAAGAUAAGAUUGCACUGUUGGAUUCUGAACAAACUCAAAGUGCUUCAGUGCAAAACCCUCAGUCCAACUCUUCAGAUGAAUGGAUACAAUCUGAAUCUGAAAGGAGGAACUUUUUAGAAAUGGAUAUGAACAGCGACCAGCAUGUUGGAGAUGGAGAAAAGCAGCACAUGUGUUGCAUUUGUGGGAAAAGUUUUAAGAUAAACGCAAAAUUGAAACUGCACAUGAGAAUUCACACAGGGGAAAAGCUUUAUCGCUGCAUGUACUGCAAAAAGGAGUUUGCAUUCAACUCAUCACUGUCGAGGCAUCUCCGUGUGCACACAGGGGAGAAGCCUUAUGAAUGUACUUUCUGUGGAAAAAGAUUUAAUGUCAGCACAACGUUGAAAGUCCACUACAGAAUCCAUACAGGGGAAAAACCAUAUAAGUGCAACUUUUGUGAUAAAGCUUUUACUACCUGUUCCAACCUGAAGAAGCACAUGACCUUACAUGACAAGCCAGGAAACAGUAGCCUGUACAGCCAAAGUUACUGAAAGCAACUUGAAAUGCUGUAUUUUUAAACUUUAUGUAUUCAUUUUUUCACUUGGAUGUUGUGGGUGAUUUCACCAUUUUUCAUGAAGUUUAAUAAAACUCUAAAAGGUUUCAA